AUGAAAAUGAAGAUUUGGUCACGACCAACUUUUCUUAUAAUAAUUAUCUAUCUUAUCGCAAUUCCACGAGUCAACUCAUCACCUCCGUCAUUAUCUGUGCCGGAACAUUUCCUCCGCUGUCUCGACACUCAGCCGGCCGACCACGGCAGUCCCAACUCCCGAACCGCCGUGAUCCCGACAAACUCAUCUUUCUCCACAAAUCUGAUGAACGGCGUCCGAAACCUCCGGUUUGCUUCUGCCUCCACCAGAAAACCAGAGGCCAUCGUCGCCGCCGUCACCGAAACCCAUAUCAGAGCCACACUCUCAUGCUGCAAACUCCUAAACCUCGAGCUAAGAAUCCGUAGCGGCGGCCACGACUACGAAGGCUUCUCAUACACCUCUCCCGUACCGUUCGUAAUCUUAGACAUGUACAACUUCCACAAAAUCGAUAUCAACAUGACCGACGAGACCGUGUGGAUCCAAGCCGGAGCUUCACUCGGUGAGCUUUACUACAACAUUGCAAGCAAAAGCAAAGUCCACGCUUUUCCGGCCGGAGUUUGUCCUAAAGUCGGCACCGGAGGACAUUUUAGCGGCGGAGGAUUCGGAAAUCUCAUGAGGAAACACGGUUUAUCUAUUGAUCAUAUAAUCGACGCACAAAUCAUGGACGCUAAUGGAAAAGUGUACCGUGACCGUCGUUCUAUGGGAGAAGAUGUGUUUUGGGCCAUUCGCGGCGGAGGCGGUGGAAGCUACGGUGUGAUUCUUGCGUGGAAGAUAAAGCUCAUUAGGAUUCCGGAGAAAGUUACCGUUUUUAAACUGAAGAGGACGGUGAAAGAAGGUGCCGUAGAUUUGGUAUGGAAAUGGCAACAAGUCGCACCGGUUAUCGACAGAGAUUUGUUUAUCCGGUUAGAGAUUAAACCCAUAAACCAGAAAAUAUCAAAAGGUAAGACUAUUAAAGUUUCCUUCAUCGGAAUGUUUCUUGGUUUACCGGAGAGACUUCUAAACAUAACGAAACAGAGUUUCCCUGAGCUACAUUUGACGAAAUCCGAUUGUAUGGUGAAGAAAUGGAUUGAAUCGACCGUUUUCUGGGCGAAUUACCCAGAAAAGGGUCCGAUUCAGAUUCUUCUGAAAAGGGCAUCAACGAAUGAAUACUAUUGGAAACGUACUUCAGAUUUCGUGCAAACUCCAAUCUCAAAACAGGGGCUUGCGAAGAUUUUCAAGACAAUGAUUGAUCAUUCGCCGCUUCCACGUCGAGUUUGGAUGCAGUGGAAUCCUUGGGGAGGUAAAAUGGCUGAUAUUCCGUCUGAUGCGACGCCGUUUGUUCAUAGAGCAGGUAACAUUUUCAUGAUUGAGCAUUUCAUGAAUUGGUAUAGACCUGGAGAUGAGCUUGAGGAGCAAUUCUUGGCCAUCGCAAGAAGCUUUAAAGAAGCAAUGACUCCGUUUGUUUCGAAGAAUCCGAGAGAGGCUUUCUUUAACUACAGAGACCUUGAUAUUGGGAUCACGACUCCUGGAUAUAAUGCUACGUACCUAGGAGCUAAGGUUUAUGGGGAUAAGUAUUUCAAAGGGAAUUACUUGAGAUUGGUUAAGGUUAAAGCCUGGUUCGACCGGACUAAUUUUUUCCGGUCUCAACAAGGGAUUCCGGUUCUUGCUUAG